AUGUUCAGAGCAAACGACGACAAUAAGCCCUUUAAAGUACUGAUCGUUGGUGGUGGCCCUGCAGGUCUCGUUUUAACCAGUGGUUUAAAAAACAAGGAUAUCUCCUGUGAAGUAUAUGAACGCGACGUCGAUCCAGAUUUCCCAGAGAAGUUUGGGGUUAAUAACGAAAAGAAUGAAGGAGAAAUGACCUUUACAAACUUUAAUGGUCUGACCGGUGAAAUCGAGACAAUGCUCACAGCCCCUCCUUACGUGCAAGAUUUGGUGCACUGGAACAAGAAAGUAAGUCGUUAUGAAGAGCAUGCAGAUGGUGUAAAAGUCUUUUUCGCGGAUGAAAUACAUGCCGAAUGUGAUCUACUCGUGGCUACAGAUGGUGGCAUGUCAACUUUAACGUAUCUGCCUAUUGGUUAUAUGACAAGCAAGACGAAGCAACGCAGUUCGAAGCCAUAA